GGUCGGUGCCUCAGCUCCUCAGGAGAGAUGAAGAAAACCCUGCAGGAUGAGAUUGAAGCCAUUCUUAGGGAGAGGAUUAUGGUGCUAGAUGGUGGAAUGGGGACCAUGAUCCAGCAGUAUAAACUAAGUGAAGAAAGUUUCCAAGGUCAAGAAUUUAAAGAUCAUACCAGACCACUGAAAGGCAACAAUGACAUCUUAAGUAUAACCCAACCUGAUAUUAUAUGCCAAAUUCAUAAGAAAUACUUGCUGGCUGGAGCAGACAUCAUUGAAACCAACACUUUCAGCAGCACUAGUAUUGCCCAAGCUGACUAUGGCCUUGAACACUUGGCCUACCGGAUGAACAAGUGCUCUGCAGAUGUGGCCAGAAGAGCCGCUGAGGAGAUAACUCUGCAGACAGGAAUCAAGAGGUUUGUGGCUGGAGCCCUGGGUCCAACUAAUAAGACACUUUCUGUCUCCCCAUCUGUGGAAAGACCGGAUUAUAGGAACAUCACAUUUGAUGAACUUGUUGAAGCAUACCAGGAGCAGGCCAAAGGACUGCUGGAUGGUGAUGUUGAUAUCUUACUCAUUGAAACUAUUUUUGAUACAGCCAAUGCCAAAGCUGCCUUGUUUGCGCUCCAGAAACUCUUUGAAGAGAAUUAUGCUGCUCCCCGGCCUAUCUUUAUUUCUGGAACCAUUGUUGAUAAAAGUGGACGGACUCUUUCUGGCCAAACCGUAGAGGCAUUUGUCAUCAGCGUGUCUCAUUCAGACCCACUGUGCAUUGGAUUAAAUUGUGCUCUGGGUGCAGCUGAAAUGAGGCCUUUCAUUGAAACAAUUGGAAAAUGUACAACAGCCUACGUCCUCUGUUACCCAAAUGCAGGUCUUCCCAAUACUUUUGGUGACUAUGAUGAAACACCGUCCAUGAUGGCCAGUCACCUAAAGGACUUUGCUAUGGAUGGCCUGGUGAAUAUAGUUGGUGGUUGCUGUGGUUCCACACCUGAUCAUAUCAGGGAAAUUGCUGAAGCGGUGAAAAAUUGUAAGCCUAGAGUUCCACCUGCUAGUGUUUUUGAAGGACAUAUGUUACUAUCUGGUCUAGAGCCCUUCAGGAUUGGACCAUACACCAACUUCGUUAACAUUGGAGAGCGCUGUAACGUGGCAGGAUCCAAGAAGUUUGCUAAACUCAUCAUGGCAGGAAACUAUGAUGAAGCCCUGAGCAUUGCCAAAGUACAGGUGGAAAUGGGAGCUCAGGUGCUAGAUAUCAACAUGGAUGAUGGCAUGCUGGAUGGUCCCAGUGCAAUGACCAGAUUUUGCAACUUUAUCGCCUCUGAGCCUGACAUCGCCAAGGUGCCUCUGUGCAUUGACUCUUCCAGUUUUGCUGUGAUUGAAGCGGGGUUGAAGUGCUGCCAAGGGAAGUGCAUAGUCAAUAGCAUCAGUCUGAAGGAGGGCGAGGAGGACUUCUUGGAGAAGGCCAGGAAGAUUAAGAAGUUUGGAGCUGCUGUGGUAGUCAUGGCUUUUGAUGAGGAAGGACAGGCAACAGAAACAGAUGUUAAAAUCAGUGUGUGCACCCGAGCCUACCAUCUACUUGUAGGAAAACUGGGUUUCAAUCCAAAUGACAUCAUCUUUGACCCCAACAUUCUUACCAUUGGUACUGGAAUGGAAGAACAUAACUUGUAUGCUAUCAAUUUUAUUCAUGCAACAAGAAUCAUUAAAGAAACAUUACCAGGAGUCAGAAUAAGUGGAGGUCUUUCUAAUUUGUCCUUCUCCUUUCGAGGGAUGGAAGCCAUUCGAGAAGCAAUGCACGGUGUUUUCCUUUACCAUGCAAUCAAGUUUGGUAUGGACAUGGGGAUAGUCAAUGCAGGCAACCUCCCUGUGUAUGAUGAUAUCCAAAAGGACCUUCUUCAGCUCUGUGAAGACCUCAUCUGGAACAAAGACUCUGAAGCUACUGAGAAACUCUUACGAUAUGCCCAGACUCAUGGCAAAGGAGGGAAGAAAGUCAUCCAGACAGAUGAGUGGAGGAAUGGCUCCAUUGAAGAGCGUCUUGAGUAUGCUCUCGUGAAGGGCAUUGAAAAGCACAUUGUUGAAGAUACUGAAGAGGCCAGGUUAAACCGGGAAAAAUACCCCCGACCUCUGAAUAUAAUUGAAGGGCCUCUAAUGAAUGGCAUGAAAGUGGUUGGUGAUCUUUUUGGAGCUGGAAAAAUGUUUCUACCUCAGGUUAUAAAGUCAGCCCGUGUCAUGAAGAAGGCUGUUGGACACCUUAUCCCUUUCAUGGAAAAAGAGAGAGAAGAAGCUAGAAUGCUCAAUGGUUCUGUUGAAGACGAGGACCCUUACCAAGGCACCAUUGUGCUGGCCACUGUUAAAGGUGAUGUGCAUGACAUAGGCAAGAAUAUAGUUGGUGUGGUGCUGGGCUGCAAUAAUUUCAGAGUUAUUGAUUUAGGAGUCAUGACUCCCUGUGAUAAGAUACUUCAAGCAGCUCUGGACCACAAAGCAGACAUAAUUGGCUUGUCAGGACUCAUCACUCCAUCCCUGGAUGAAAUGAUUUUUGUUGCCAAGGAAAUGGAGAGGUUGGCUAUAAAGAUUCCAUUGUUGAUAGGAGGAGCAACCACGUCAAAAACCCACACAGCAGUUAAAAUAGCACCACGAUACAGUGCGCCUGUAAUCCAUGUCCUGGAUGCAUCCAAGAGUGUGGUGGUGUGUUCUCAGCUGUUAGAUGAAAAUCUGAAAGAUGACUUCAUUGAAGAAAUACUAGAAGAGUAUGAAGACAUUAGACAGGAACACUAUGAGUCUAUCAAGGAGAGAAAAUACUUAUCCCUAAGUCAAGCCAGAAAAAAUGGUUUCCACAUUGAUUGGCUGUCUGAACCUCACCCAGUGAAGCCCACCUUUAUUGGGACCCAGGUUUUUGAAGACUAUAACCUACAAAAGCUAGUGGACUACAUUGACUGGAAACCUUUCUUCGAUGUCUGGCAGCUCCGUGGCAAGUACCCAAAUCGAGGCUUCCCCAAGAUAUUUAACGACAAAACAGUAGGUAAAGAAGCCAGGAAGGUAUAUGAUGAUGCUCAGAAUAUGCUGAACAUAUUGAUAAGUCAGAAGAAACUCCAGGCCAGGGGUGUGGUUGGAUUUUGGCCAGCACAGAGUGUUCAAGAUGAUAUCCACUUGUAUGCAGAGGGUGUGGUGCCCCAGGCUUCAGAGCCCAUAGCCACCUUCUAUGGGCUGCGGCAGCAGGCUGAAAAGGACUCUUCCAGCACAGACCCCUACCAUUGCCUCUCAGACUUCAUUGCUCCUCUGCAUUCUGGUGUCCGAGACUACUUGGGUCUGUUUGCUGUUGCCUGCUUUGGGGUUGAAGAACUGAGUAAGGCCUAUGAGGAUGAUGGCGAUGACUACAGCAGCAUCAUGGUGAAGGCAUUGGGAGACCGGCUGGCAGAGGCUUUUGCAGAGGAGCUCCAUGAGAGAGUUCGCCGAGAACUGUGGGCCUACUGUAGUAAUGAGCUGUUGGGUGUCACAGACUUGCGCAAACUCCGGUAUGAGGGCAUCCGGCCAGCUCCUGGUUACCCCAGCCAGCCUGACCAUACCGAGAAACUCACCAUGUGGAGACUGGCCAACAUUGAGCAGGCCACAGGCAUCAGGUUGACAGACUCCUUGGCAAUGACACCUGCUUCAGCAGUGUCGGGACUCUACUUCUCCAAUGUAAAGUCCAAAUAUUUUGCUGUGGGGAAAGUUUCGAAGGAUCAGAUUGAGGAUUAUGCUUUGAGGAAGAACAUGCCUGUGGCAGAGGUGGAGAGAUGGCUUGGCCCCAUUCUGGGAUAUGAUACAGACUGACUUCUUUCUCUCUCACACACUCCUUUUCUUCUUUUUCUUUAAAACCCUUAUAUUUGCUGACCUCAAGGGGAUACAAGCCAGAGUGCCUUAGAAA